AUGGUUGAAAUUUUUUCACUUACACCUAAGAUUUUGAUUGCUCUGACCUUUGCUUUAUCAGUUCAAGGUGUUGCUAUUCCAGGGGCUACUUCUGAAGAUAAAAGUUUUGUUGUUGUUGUUGAUUUUAAUAUCACCAGAAAUCCAAUUACACUGAAACAACAUACAUUGGCAAAAAGGACAAUGUUCCACAAACUGUUGUUGUUGAUACUGUGUCAAGUGAUUUAUGGGUUAUUUGACUCAGACGCUCAAUGCUUAGAUAAUGUCCAAUGUAAAAAUCAGGGUACUUUCACUCCACUGAGCUCAUCAACUUUUCAAAGCUUGCAAUCACCGUCUUACAUCAAUUAUUGUAAUCAAUCUCUGGCAAGAGGUAUUUGGGCCAAAGACACUAUUGGCCUUGGAGGAAUCUCCAUUACAGGACAACAAUUUGCUGAUGUCAAUUCCACUUCUUCCUUCUAUGGUCCUAUUAUGGGUAUCGGUUUCAAGAAUGGAGAAAGCGGUGUAAAAAGCAGUGGAAACUACGAUAAUGUUCCAAUUACCUUGAAGAAACAAGGUGUUAUUAAGACCAACGCGUACUCAUUGUACUUGAACUCACCAGGUGCCGCUACAGGUCAGAUCAUCUUCGGUGGUGUCGACAAUGCAAAAUACUCUGGUAGUUUGAUUACUGAAUCAAUCACUUCAUCAUACAGAUUGAUAAUUACAUUGGACACCAUCGACUAUGCUGGUACUGCAUUGACUUAUAUCCAUUCUGAGUCUGCUGCUCAAAUUGCAAAGCAAGCUGGUGCUACCUGGGUCACAACUGAUUCUUCUGGUGGUGGAAGUUAUUAUAUUGACUGUAAUGCUUCAGUCAGUGGUAACGUUGUCUACACUUUCGAAAAAGGCGCCAAGAUUACCGUUCCAUUACCUGAAUUCGUCUUCCCAGUAGGGAACGACAUAUGUUUCUGGGUUAUUCAACCAGCACCAACUCAAUUUGCUAUCUUGGGAAGCAAUUUCUUGAGACACGCUUACUUGCUUUUCAACUUGGAUGCCCAGACCGUUUCAAUUGCGCCAGUCAAGUACACCACUGAUUCAGAUAUUGUUUCUGUUUAA